GUGGAGGCAGACUGGGGGGGGGGGGGGGGCUUAGUCUGUCAUGGCCGCCGACCCGGGAGGAGGGCUGCUGCCGCUCAGUCGGCUCCAAUGUUUAAUUUCCUCCGCGUCGCGCUGCUCGCCGUCAUGGCAGUGAGCGCGACGCGAGUGGCGGCGAGUCGCGCAAGAUGCCCAGGAAGGGGAAUCAGAGACAACGGCUGAAGUCGCGCGGCGGUGGCGGCGACUCGUGCGGAGACGCCGUGACCGUCGCGGACUUCGCCAACACAGACCCUGCGGUGGUAAAGUCCGGGCGGGUGAAGAAGGCCAUGGUGAACGCCAUACACAAAGAAGCAAAGCUGCUGUGUGGCUUGGAGGCGUCGAUGGUGCCUGUGACGGGGGUUGGCGUGCAGCUGGGGGAUGCCGGCCUCUGUGACUCGGACGACACGGACUGUGCCGACUUCGGGGAGGAGUUGUCGCAGUCCCAGCAUCACGCCAACGCCAAGAGCCGCAAGAAGAGAAGCAAGCCGGCCAGCAAGGCAGAGGACGAUGGUGACGAGGGAGGGCAGGAGUUCCCCAUGGAUCUCUGGCUGCUGCUGGCCGCGUACAUCCGGCCCGAAGACGUGGGCCGCUUUGCGCUCAUCUCCAAGCGCGCGUGGUUCGUCACCUGCACCACGGUCUUCUGGGCUCGCCUCUACCGCAGAUACUAUCACCGUGGUGCGGAGCUGCCCGCACGCCUGCAGCUGGAGGAGGUGGCACGGUGCCAACGCGGCCUCAAGGCCAACGUGGUGCGCUCGCUGUGCCACCUCUACGAGCCGUUCCGCAGCCGCGUGCAGGACCUGCCCCCACUGCCCGACAGCACGCCCGACACCCUGCAGCAAGCCACAUGCCUCAUGUCAUGGCACAAAAGGGUGAACUGCGGCACACACAGCCAGGAGCAGCACAAGUGGGAGUUCAACUUCAAAUUUAGAAAACAGGGGGGGACAGGGCCGACGCCCAGGGGGGUGACACGGCCAGCCCUGGCAGUGCCGCGCGAGUACCAGGGGGUGAGCGAGAACGCGGACGGCGACUGCUGCCUGCUGCAGGUGACGGUGCUCAACUUCAUCCUCGUGCCCGUCGUCAUGGGCAUGACGCUCUCGCAGCUGAUGAUCUCCGUGAGCACCGACAUGCGGCACCACCGCGUCAAGCUGGCGUUUGUCGACUCGCCAGCUCCGCGCGGGCGGACGCGCCGUCGUAUCGACGCCGGUCCCCUCGUCGUGCUCGACCCCGUGUGCAGCGUGCGCAUCCUGCCCUGGUGGCACCCACUCUACCCCUACUGACAGGGUCGCACGUGGGAGGGAGGGAGGGAAGGGAUGGCAGGGGGAGAGGCAAGGAAGGCGACGAAGGAUAGAGGCGAGGCAGAGUAGAACGGGCACCACCAGGUCAGCGUGCGCAUCCUGUCCUGGUGGCAUCCGCUCUACCCCUACUGACAGGGUUGCACGGGGAAGGAACGGGAUGACGUGGUGGGGGCAUGGGGGUACCUAUAGAGGAGGAAGGAUAGACAGGCAAGGAAGGAUCGAGUCCAGAAAGGCCAGAGGGGUAUAAGAUGACUGAGAUAGGGAGAUUGAAGACAUAAUUGGGGAGAAACCUAGAAAUCUGGGAUGAUACUGUGGGAGAGGGAAGGAAUGGCGUUUUGGAAGCCCUAUAUGCCAUCCACAUGUUUUGUUUAUUUCCAUCGCAUGGUUUGCACUCAUGAAUAGAGAGUGUGCCCUUUCCCCCCCCCCCCCCCCCAAGUGUGAAACGGUACCUCUACUUUGCCUUGAGGCCCCACCAUUAACUACAACACACACGGCUGUAAUAUCUCAUUGCCUCUGCAUUCGCCCAACCUGACUGGGUAAAGGUGUGUACACGUGUAGAUUUUUGUUUGCAAAACAGUUACUGUUAGUUUUAACUAGAACACAGGAAUGAAGAUGUCCCAAACGAUCUUUGAUGAGGUUGAUUGUGCGGUAUAGGUUGGCCCAAGCCAGGAUGUGGAAGCUGCCUUAAUAUCAUUAUGGAUUGAACAAUUUAAUCGGAUGGGUCAACUGUGUUACUCAGAAUGUCACAACACACCAAGGUCAUGCGCUGUUCAAUUCUUGUUGAUUCUUGUCUUGGUCUUGGAAAAAUCAUAACUUUGUUCAACACUCUUGGUGAUAUUGUUAAGUUGUUAAAAUAAUUCUACAUGUGUACAUAGCCCAAGACUGAUUUGCAUUGACUUUUAUAUAAAAAUAUAUAUCGUG